AUCAAAUAUCAUUUGUGGUGCAAGUGCAACUUACAAUUCCCAUUGUUUCUUCACUCUUCUUAACUAUUCUUAUUCUCCUCUAGAAAUGGAAACCCUUGUGAAAACGUUCCUCACUCUCAUAUUAUUAUCUUCCAUUUUCUCAAUAGCCUCAUCAAGAAGAGGACCAGCUUCAUCCAGCAACAUAGAUUGGUGGUGCAACCUAACCCCACACCCUGUGCCAUGCAAACACUACAUCACAACUCACAUGAAGAGCCACCAUUUCCCAAUCAAACACAAAACUAACUUCCGGGGCAUGCUCCUUCAAGUCUCCCUAAACCAAUCCAUCACCAUGCAAAAAGAAGCACGUGAAUCAUACCAAAACAACCACAUGGCAACAAAGAACCACAGAACCGUGCAUGGUGAUUGCUUGAAGCUCUAUGAGAAAACCAUCUUCCACCUCAACCGCACCCUCGAAUGCUUGCAUCACGUGAAGCAAAACUGUUCACCGGAUGAUGCACAAACUUGGCUCAGCACUGCUCUCACAAACAUUCAAACGUGUCAAACAGGAACCGAUGAACUCGGUGUUCGAGAUUUCAAGGCUCCUAGUGUGACCAACAACGUUACUGAGAUGAUAAGGAACUGUUUGGCCAUCAACAUGGACUUCAUGAAACGUCAUCACACGGAAGAGAAAACGGAAGAGGAGUUUCCUGGUUGGUUUUCAACGCGUGAGAGGAAACUGUUGCAGUCUUCAUCGAUAAAGGCACAUGCUGUGGUGGCAAAAGAUGGUUCGGGGGAUUUCAGGACUGUGCAAGAAGCUCUCGAUGCUGCGGCAAAGAGGAAAGUGAAGGGGAGGUUUGUGAUACACGUGAAGAAAGGGGUGUAUAGAGAGAAUAUUGAGGUUGCUGUGCACAAUGAUAACAUCAUGUUGGUUGGUGAUGGAUUGAGAAAUACGAUUAUCACCAGUGGUAGAAGUGUUCAAGAUGGUUAUACAACUUAUAGUUCUGCAACAGCUGGCAUCGAUGGCCUCCACUUCAUUGCACGCGACAUCACCUUCCAAAACACCGCCGGUCCUCACAAGGGUCAAGCGGUGGCGCUCCGGUCGGCCUCCGAUCUCUCGGUGUUCUACCGGUGCGCCAUCAUUGGCCACCAAGACACCCUCAUGGCCCAUGCACAACGCCAAUUCUACCGUCAAUGCUUCAUCUACGGCACCGUUGACUUCAUCUUUGGCAACGCCGCAGUGGUGUUCCAAAACUGUUACAUUUUCGCAAGAAGGCCCUUAGAGGGCCAGGCCAACAUGAUCACGGCCCAAGGACGAGGUGACCCAUUCCAAAACACCGGAAUCUCAAUCCACAACUCUCAAAUACGGGCCGCACCGGACCUCAGGCCCGUUGCUGACAAAUACAACACUUUCUUGGGCCGGCCCUGGCAGCAAUACUCAAGAGUUGUGGUCAUGAAAACGUUCAUGGACACCUUGGUGAACCCAUUGGGUUGGUCUCCGUGGGAUGAUUCUGAUUUUGCUCAAGACACGCUUUAUUUUGGAGAGUACCAAAACUAUGGGCCUGGAGCUUCCACAACUAACAGAGUGACAUGGCCCGGUUUUCAUGUGAUUAAAAGCCCAUCUGAAGCGUCUCAGUUUACAGUCUCGCGCCUCCUCGCUGGCCCAACAUGGUUGGGCUCUACAACCGUGCCAUUUACCUCUGGUCUUUGAGCUUCUACUAUAUGUGCUGUUACACUUGUUGAGUCAAUUAUUUAUUUGGAUUUAAGUUACUAUAUUCUUUAAAGUCAUACACAACUAAUAUUCUUUUCU